AAAGAGCGUUUGUUGUCUUGGAAAGUUUGAAAUAGGGUUUCCAAAGCAGCAGUGCGUGAGCGCUGUCACUGGCUCGAACCCUCGGUACGCAUAAAAUGGCUGGUCGCAGGUUCGAGCGCAGUCAGUGUUUUGACCAAAAUAUGGGAAUAAUUCAAGUGUAUCUGACAUACCCACGAUUUGGAAGGAUAUGUCCCUCGGACAGAUACUUUUGGUCAUAUAAUGGCACGGGUUCGACUCGCGGUCUGGACCCCGAAGACAUCAAACGCAGUGUUUGGUUUUAUAUUUCUCUUCUUUAAACGAACCCCCGACGCUUAAUGGCGUCGAAUAUCCCCGUGUUGAUCUCUAACUCUCCCACAGUGCUGCAUGGCUGACUGUACGGACAAAGGCGUUGGUGUCAAACCCUGAGCCAUGCGCGCUGACAGAUGAACGUACUUAAUUUGUGAUGAAAACCACGGGGAGGAGGAGUGAACCUGCUACCAUGCAGGGCGACGUUCAAGCUCAUUGCGUUGCGUUUUUUAAAACUGCAUGGCAUGCAUGUGGGCACUUUUUUCCAAAUAUUAGAUAUUGAAUGUUCUAAUUAUUAUAGGCUGAUGCCUUGGAUGAGUAGAAGGUCCUGACUGAUGGGAGUGCCAGAGACAUGGGUGAAAAUCAGCAGUUACGUCAGAUGGACAAUGAAAUGGAUAUGGUGCCAUUACUUGGAUUAUGCAAGAUUUUGUGGCCCUGCCAGACACAUAUUCAAUGUUCUCUCAGGUUAUAAUGAACUGACUUACUCCACAAGUACUGAAUAAUAUGAUUUCUUCUCUACUGCUGAAUGUACAGAGGUUGCUAUGCGCAAACAACACGCAUUGGACGGGAUAGGUGAGACCGUUCCACAUAUUAAGUGGACUGACCUUUCUGCAACCAAAGAUUGCCAAAUGUCUGUGGGUCAAAAGGCCGAAUUAUCAGAGGAGAGGCUCUCAUUGAGGACAGAAUCUAAGAACAAAGAUGUGUUUCUUGUUUCGGCACAAGAGCAGACGGAAGUUGUAAAGGAUUACAGCAAGCUGAACUCUGUGAGCAGCGAGCAGAACUCACCAAAAUAUGAAUCCGAUUCAAACCAGACGAUUCGUCUUGAAAACCAGACUGUUAAAAAUAAAUGUCUUACUUUUGAUGAGAAUACAAGGAGUCUACCAACAAACAUGCAGCUGAUACCCAAGAUGGAGUCUGUUAAUGCUAGGACCGAAGUUUGUGAAGUCACAACCAAAGCUACAAACAUUACUAAGAUCUCAACCAGUGCUUUACUAGAGAUUAAAGUUCAACAACAAGCUAUUUUAAAUAAAAGUUUCCACAAUGAUAAACUAGCACCACCUGCUGUAGCCAACCACACAAGCAAUGAGUUGUGCACUAAUAAUAAAACACUUGUGGUUGAUGUGGCACAUGCAAGAGAGAGUAAACUUGGGAUGGACAUAAAUCCAAAUGAAAGAUUAGAAUAUUGUAAAGGCCACAUUGAAGAUUAUAAACCACAAAUUCAUUGUAAUGUGAGAGAGGAGAGAUUUGAUUUUGGAAGGAAUACUGCAAUGACAAGUCCAGGAGAUUCUUUGGGACAAAAUGAAGAGGAUGAGGUAUUAGAUUUAAGCCUCCCAAAAAAGAAAGACCGAAAUAAUGAGAGGCAGAGCGAAUGGGUUGCAGACCCUGAAUAUGAAGGUUCACUACAUAUGGAAGUUGAUGAAAUUGAGGAUGAGCCUCAACAUAUAGAAGUGGAGCAGGAGGACAGUAAUGACAUGUGCUGGAUUCCAUUAGUAAGUAACGCUCAUGCAUAUCUCCCACAGGAUUGGGAUGGACAUUUGUCCUCCCCUGCGCUUGAACACAUGCCAAAUCCAUCGUACCUCACCGUCAUAACCCCAGAUCCAAUGGAUACACUACUUAUAGAUGACCAGGGGAUUCCUUACACACUCACCCCAGAUGGACAGAAAGUCCCACAAAUUGAUAAUAUACAAGACGCUGAACAAACAGCUCUAAACCCAAGGCAAGCUGAAGACAAGCCCUCUUCCUUUGCUGAUGUAGAGGAUAUUGCUGACUCAACACUGCAGACACAACCCAAUUCACUGUGUCCAAAUAUGUCUCUUGGUCAUGUCUCAGUGAAAGCCUCACAAGUUGCCCCAAACCUUAAGUCAAUAUCUUCAGUAGCUCUUGAUAAACCCUCCAUCAUACCUGCUGUGUCUGACUUGGCAUCAGUUCCAAUUCAGAUUUUGGCUAAUACUACAGGGUCAAACACUCCCAUUCUUCUUCUUCCUCCAUCUCAGCUUCAGUCGCUUUCCUCAUCAGCCUCUAAGGCUAGCCCAGGGCUAAUUACCCUUUCCUUACCGAUUCCUCUUAGUCAGAACACUCAGUCCUCCCCCAUGUUCCUAGUUUUGUCACCUCCGGUGUCCUCUACUCCGAGUUCAUCCUCUCCUGGUCAAUUAUCUCAGAUUUCCCCCUCUUCCACUGUUUCCUCAGCUACUUGUCCACUUGAUUUGGGAUCUACAUUAAGUUCAUGUCCAUCACUUCUUAGCCUCGGCACGGUUUCAUCUGCCACAGCUACAGACAUCUCAGGAUUGAAUAACCCCUCUAAUGUUCCUGCUAGCCCUACCUCAUCAACUGCUUCCUCUAGCACUUCCACAGUGACCUCUACAAGUCCAACCAAGCAGUUCAGCUCCGAUGCCUACUCCGACACACCAGUGCCCACUUCCUUUCGGGAGGCUCUUCUCAGAUUGGCUGUGUCAGUGGAGAAGAAACAAGAAAACAAGCCUGAGGUUCAUUCGGUCACUAUUCCAUCCCAAUGUUCCGAAGCAACCAAGUCGGAUUCCUCUUCCACAGUACAUGGGAGUAAAAGCCACGAGACGGAGAUAAACUGUGAUGGUGACACUGAGUCUACCUCAGUAGACCAAGCAGACGCAUUAGAUACCAUCUCUUCCACAUCACCCCUUCCUCCCAUAUCACCCGUAAAUCCCACCAAUCACUCAAAGGACCAAGACCCACAAGCAUUAGGCCCACGUCGCAUUCUUUACUGUCAGUACUGUCCGCGGGUCUUCUACUAUCUUUCAGACCUUGAACGCCAUUCCAUCACACACUCCCAAAGCAAACCCCACGUGUGUCAUCUUUGUGGCAAGGCGUUCAAAAGAUCAAGCCAUCUUGAGCGACAUAAACACAUCCAUACAGGUCAGAGAAACUUUGUGUGCCAGCUUUGCCCGAGGCGUUUUCGUGAAUCAGGGGAGCUAAUGAGACACCAGAGAGUACACACCGGUGAGAAACCUUUUCAGUGCUUGAUAUGCCACAUGCGUUUUGCAGAGCGCAACACACUGCGACGUCACACAAAGCGCAAGCACCAAGGCCAGCAUCUGGAGGCGAUGGGCAUGAAGGUGAAGCCAGAAAGUGGAGAAAUUUCCCUCACUGGUGUACAAGGAGAGUCAGAAGAGAAUGCUGAGUGGUACAGUUCAACAGUUCCUGAAAUGGAGUCUGACAGUGACACCGGCGGAGAUUGAACUACAUGAGGGCAUGAAAAAACUGAUUUUCUUU